AAGAAUCAUUUAAAAACAGGAUAGUUGGACUGAAAAACUUUUUAAGGCAAAAAGAGGAUAGUUGGGCUGAAAAACUUUUUAAGGCUUUCUUCCAUAUUAAAAAAUUAUUUAGAAGAGCUUAAACCGUGUGUUGUAAGGUGAUAAAAAAUGGGCUAGUGGUAUGACGUACGGUCAACUGCAAAGCUUGGAUGAUUCAGAAUGGAAGAAUGAAUUUUGGUAGAAUAGAAAAUUUCUUAUUGAAAGAGUAAAAUAAUCUUAAAGAUUGAUGGUUUAAUAUAAUAGAUUCUAAGUUAAUCAAAUUUGCUUGACAUGGAGAUUUUUACAUGGGGUGAGUUGUAUGUCUUAGGUAGUUUGGAUUGAAUAUAAAAAACUUCAGAGAACAAAGUGGGACAAGCUUGCUCAGUUGAUCAAGCUUAUUUGAUCUGCAAAUUUGAUAUGCAACCAGUUGUAAUACAAAGAAUUCUCUGUAGUAUCAGUGCUUAAUUGAAGGACGUUCGAUACAUAUAAACAGAAAUUUUAAGGAUAAAUUAUGAAGGCUGGUCAUCAUCUGCAGAUCAGAGGGGGCAUAGGCAGUUUGCUGGUUUUGGCAAUUAUAUUGGCCUCGAUGUUGCUUCUUAAAGAUAGGUCAGAUGAGUUAUGGAGGGACAUGCCAUCCAAAGUUUUUCCCAACCAAAUGGUAAACUCUUCCCUGUUGCACCAAAGACCCAAGACACCAGAAAUGCUUGAAUGCUCUUCCAACGCUACCUGUAGUCCUCCUCCUCCUCCUCCUUCAUGGUUUUUCAACUUUUUGAACAAAUUUGAUGGUGAUAAGCCAGAGCCAGAAUCCUGCCCAUUCUAUUUCAAAUGGAUUGUUGCAGACCUUUGGCCUUGGAAAGACAAUGGAAUUACAUUGCAGAUGGUUGAAGAAGCAAAGCCAAUGGCAUCAUUCAGACUGAUGAUUGUUGAUGGAAGGUUGUUUGCUGAAAUCUACCAAAAGUGUUUCCAGACCAGGGAUUUUUUUACCAUUUGGGCAUUUUCUCAGUUGCUGAAAUUGUACCCUGGAAUGGUUCCUGACUUGGACCUGAUGUUCAAUUGUGAGGAUAAACCUCUUGUCACUAGGUUCGAUUACAAGAAUAAUCAGACCAGGAAGAACCCACCUCCUGUGUUUCGCUACUGUGGGCACCCAGAUUUUUAUGAUAUUGCGUUUCCAGAUUGGUCUUAUUGGGGAUGGGCUGAGGUUAGGUCAGCACCAUGGGAAACUUUAUUGAGGGAAAUCCGAAAUGGAAGCAAAGAAGUGCAAUGGAUUAACAGAAACCCACUUGCCUAUUGGAGAGGAAAUCCAACAGUUGCAAAAAUUAGAAUGGCACUUAUGGAAUGCUCCCAGAUUCCCAAUUGGAAUGGUCAACUUAUUGCACAGGAAUGGAAUAAGGAGAUUAGUCAAGGCUUUAAAAAUUCCAAACUGUCUGAACAGUGCAAGCACAGAUACAAGAUAUACAUUGAAGGUAAUGCAUGGUCAGUGAGCUUGAAGAAUAUUUUAGCUUGCAAUUCACCUACCUUGUUAAUAAGACCACAAUACUAUGAGUUUUUUCAACGAGGGCUUGUUGCCCAUAAACAUUAUUUGCCUGUGAGUUCUGAGAAGAUGUGUGACUCUGUCAACACUACUGUAAAUUGGGGAAACAGUAAUAUAGAAAAGGCAAUGGCAAUUGGCAAUGCAGGGAGUGAUUUCCUGUUAAAUGAGCUAAAAAUGAAGCAUGUUUAUGACUAUAUGUUCCAUGUUUUAACACAGUAUGCCAAGCUAUUGAAAUACAAGCCCUCUGUUAGUGAAAACUCUGUGGAGUAUUGUUCAGAAGCAAUGAUGUGCUUUGCCACUGGAGUGGAAAAGCAAUAUAUGGAGGAGACAUUGAUCACAACUCGUAGUCCUUCCCCACCAUGUGAUAUAGGAGAGGUACAUGCCAAUAUUAAAGAAAUUAAGGAAUUUGCAGUGCAGAAUAAAGAAACAGAAUUUAAUGUACAAUGGAUAGAAGAGAAAUAAAAGGCUCAAAGCCCUGGAUAGUUCUACUAGGCUAGUCAUAUGGGUUAUGAUGCAUGAGGAGUUUCACUUUAGUUCUGUGGAAUAUGAAGUGAAGAAUAAGAGGUUGAAAUUAUAUGUAAUUGGAAUGACAAUUUUUAUAAUUUAUACCGAGUUUUGAGAUA